AUGCAGCAUUUUGGUUUUCGAUUUCUGUCUAUCGUGCUGGACUUUGCAGUCGUCUUCAAGUUUACCAACUUAGUCUGCGAGAGCUAUAAUAAAUCGUGGUUUGAAUUUCACGAGUGUCGCCUGAAGGCAGUGUGGCGCGACAGGGUUCUAAUGAAUUUAAACGGAACUAUCCUCCAUCCUGCUUAUAACAUACAAGCCAAGGGCCAAUUAUUCAAGAGGGAAAGUGGCUACAAGCCAUGGCUCUAUAAAGCUGAAAUUGAUUGCUGUCGCUUUCUGCGAAAGGCCUAUUACAUGCCUGCUAAAAUAAUUUAUACUCUCUUUCAGGAAUUUACUAAUAUCAACCAUACGUGCCCGUACGUGGGACCACAGUAUCUCAGCAAAUUUUAUCUCAAGCCAGAAUUAUUGCUUCUCCCUUUUCCAACUGGCGACUAUAUGUUAUCAUUGAGAUGGUUCUUUGAUCACAAACUACAAUUCGAUACCAAUAUCAGUUUUGUGUUUGUUGAGAAUAUGAAAAGAACUUAA